AUGGAGAGAGACGCCCCCCAUAAAAGCCGUUCUCGCUCGCUCAGAGCUGCACCACUCCUCUCACCCUCUAACAACGACAUGUUCUCAAAAAUUCAGAAGAUCACAGUGUCUAACAUAUCCCCGGGCGAUUCCGUCGUAGCUGUGAUGGGUGUAACCGGCACUGGAAAGAGUACCUUCGUCAAUACGGCAACCGCAGGCGACGUAGUCCAGGUGGGCCAUAUGCUCAAAGCUUGCACGUCCAAGAUUGUGGCGUACCGUUGUCUGCAUCCUCAAGAUGGUCAUCCAGUCGUCUUCAUCGAUACCCCUUCUUUCGAUGAUACCACAAAAUCAGAAACAGAUAUCCUGAAUAUGCUCGCUGAAUGGCUGUCGAAGAUUCAGAAGAAAGGGAUGAAACUUGCAGGUAUAAUCUAUCUCCACCGCAUAUCCGACAACCGCGGCCCGCUGGGCACUCCCCACAGGAAUGUGCACGCCUUCCGCCAGUUGUGUGGCGACAAAUCGAUGCAGAAGGUCAUCCUCGCGACAACGAUGUGGGAGACCCAGAAGGCGGAGGUCGCUGAGGAUCGCGAGAAACAUUUGCAAGCGACAUAUUGGAAGCAGAUGCUUGAUGGUGGAUCUGCGACUUCGCGAUUCUACAAUUCAUUCAACUCAGCGUGGAGCGUCGUCGAUGCACUUCUGUCGGAACACUGGAUCCCCGAUCCUCGUCUCCUUCAAGAGGAAUUGGCCGACCUCGAAGCGCGACUGAGCACAACUAGCGAUGGCGUCGCUCUUUAUAAUUCGUUGCAGGAAGUAUAUGAAGACGCGACAAGGCUUUGCCAGAAUACCUUAGAGGCAGCAGAGUUGAAUACUGAUCUCGCGGCGAUCGCAAAACGCAUGCGCGGAAUGCUAGGGAGUCUUGGACAGCUGCAUGUGCCGCUGGGUAGACACAGCCUCAUGUUUUUCACGUACAGAUCGUACAAUCAGCCGUGCUGA